AUGGCCAUCAUUGAAGUCAAGCCCUAUAUUCGAGGGAUCCACCCCGCUAUCGAUCUCAUUCGAAUGCAGAGGGGAGGCCAGGUGGCUGCGUGGAUUUGCCAGCACCCUCCGCCACCUUCUGAGCUCACUUCAGAUCCAAGUCGGACGUUCAGGCCAAUUAUUUCGUUCAAUUCUGAAUAUGUGCACUAUAUUCGUGAGACCUUUCCGGGACCAAACAUUUCGACUCCCUUGGGCAAGAUUACACCAACUGCUCGGAGUCAGGAGUCGCCGCCUGGAUCUAAGUUUCUGAAAUUGAAUGAAUAUGGGUCUUUUUUCGUUGGAAACGAAAGCCAUAUGGUUUCAUUCGGGCUGAUCUUACUGGCUUUUGCCAUUCGGGAAUGUGAGAUCAGGGACAAAGCAUUUGAACAUGCCCACAAUCAGGGUUAG